AUGAACUCAUAUUUCGAGCAGGGUGGCUUCUAUGGGGCGCAUGGCGUGCACCAGGGCGGCGGUGGAGGAGAUCAGUACCGCGGGUUUCCUUUGGGCCUGACGUACGCACAGCCUCACGCUUUACACCAGCCGAGGCCGCAAGACUCGCCUUACGAUGCCUCAGUGGCUGCGGCCUGUAAGUUAUAUGCGGGGGAACAGCAGUAUGCUAAGGCGGAUUGUUCGAAGGCUGGCGAUCAACAGAACGGCUAUGGCGGGAAGGAAGCCUGGGGGUCGGGUUUGGGGGCCUUAGUGAGACCCGCGGCUUGUACCCCAGAGGCGAGGUAUAGCGAAUCUUCAAGCCCCAGCAGAGCCUUACCCUGGGGUAAUCAAUGUGCUCUACCGGGAGCAGCGGCCUCUUCACAACCAGUACAACACCAACCUACCAACCACACCUUCUACCCAUGGAUGGCCAUCGCAGGAGCAAACGGCCUGAGGAGACGAGGAAGACAAACCUACACUAGAUAUCAAACGCUAGAGUUAGAGAAAGAGUUCCACACAAACCACUACCUCACACGAAGGAGACGCAUCGAAAUGGCACACGCCCUCUGCCUGACGGAACGACAAAUUAAAAUUUGGUUCCAAAACCGAAGGAUGAAAUUAAAGAAAGAGAUACAAGCUAUAAAGGAAUUAAAUGAGCAAGAGAAACAGGCGCAGGCUCAGAAGGCAGCAGCGGCGGCGGCAGCGGCCGCAGCAGCCGCUCAGGGCCAUCCUGAGCACUAG